AUGGCGACUGCGGCGACUCAGAGUGUGUCGGAGGAGCAUCUGCCCAAGGACCCUGUCUCGGUGGAGCCCGUCCUCGCGGCCACCCCAAUCGCCCUCGAUGAGAAGUCCGCUACCAAUGGCGAGUCCGCUGAGACUGCCGACUCUACAACUACAUCUGCUCAGACUCCGGAAGUCCCUUUGACUGCGGCACAAAAGAAGAAGGCCAAGAAGAACAAGAAGAAGCAGCAGAAGAAGCUAGAGAGCAUCAGCUCUGUUUCUGCUGAUGUCUCUGAGAAGGAGACCCCCCCCGAAACUCCUUCAGUCGAGGAGGCUGCCCCCGCACCGGCCGCUACCGAAGAAUCUACACCCGAGCCUGUCGCAGAGGAGCCCAAGGCUGCUGAGCCUGUCGAGGAAGAGCCCGAGUCUACUGCCGAAGAGAAAGUGGAGGCUGUCCCAGAGACUGUCGAGACCGCCACGGAGGAGCCCGCUACUCAGACCACCACCGAAGAGUCAAAGGUGGAAGAGGUGAUCCCAGAGGUCACCGAGGAGAUUCCCACUGAAGAAACCGUUGAGGAGCCGGCUAAGGAAGCCGUUGUCGAGGAAUCCGCCAAGGCAGAGGCUGUUGAGGCGCCUAAGGAGGUCUCUGAGGAAAAGCCUGCUGCAAAGGAAUCUGCUGAGGUUUCUACCACCGAGGAGAAGGUCGAGGAGUCUACCCCCGCCGAGACUACUGUUGAGCAACCUACUACCGAAGAGACCAUUCCCGAGGAAGCUCCCGCUGCUGAGGAGAAGGUUGAAGAGCCUACCACCGUCGAGGAGCCCGUUACUGAGCAGCCUUCUGCUGAAGAAACCACUCCCGAGGUGCCUUCUGAGACCGUUGAGGCUUCGACUGACGCCCCCGCGACUGAGGAUAAGGUCGAGGAGCCGGUUGCUGAGCAGCCCACUGCUGAAGAGCCUACCCCCACCGAAACCGCUGUGGUUGAGCAACCUACUACCGAAGAGACCGUUCCCGAGGAAGCUCCCGCCGUUGAGGAGAAGGUUGAAGAGCCUGCCACCGUCGAGGAGCCCGUUACUGAGCAGCCUUCUGCUGAAGAAACCACUCCCGAGGUGCCUUCUGAGACCGUUGAGGCUUCGACUGACGCCCCCGCGACUGAGGAUAAGGUCGAAGAGCCUACUGCCGUCGUUGAGGAGCCCAGCGCUAAGGAGACUAUCACCGAGGAGGCUCCCGAGCCUGUUCAAGAGUCGACCGAUACCACCGCUACUGAGGAGAAGGCUGAAGAGCCUAUUCCCGCCGAGACCACCGUCGUUGAGGAGCCCAAGGCUAAGGAGACCGUUCCCGAGGAAGCUCCUGCUGCUGAGGAGAAGGCUGAAGAGCCCACCCCCGCCGAAACCACCGUGGUUGAGCAACCUACUGCCGACGAGACUACCCCCGAGCUGGCUUCUGAGGCUGCUCAAGAGUCGAUCGAAGCUCCCGUCGCCGAGGAGAAGGUUGAAGAGCCCACUCCCACCGAGCCUGCCGUCGUCGAACAGCCCGUUGUUGAAGAGACCGCUACCGAGGCUACCGAAGAGGUAACUCAAGCCCCCGCCGCCGAGGAGCAGGUCGAAGCAGCAAAGGUGGAGGAGCCUACUCCUGUUGACACCGCCGUUGUUGAGCAGUCUACUGUCGAGGAGACCGCCCUGGAGGCCUCUGAGGUUGUUGAGGAAUCCACUGAAACCCCUAUCACCGAGGAGAAGGUGGAAGAGCCCGCUGCAGCUGAGACCGUCGCUGUGGAGCAACCCGCUGUGGAGGAGACUACCUCUAAGGAAGUUCCAGCUGCUGAGGAGAAGGUUGAAGAACCCGCCACCGUUGAGGAACCCGUUGCUGAGCAGCCUGCUACCGAAGAGACUGCCCCGGAGGAAGCUUCAGAGCCCGCUCAGGAGACCGUUGAAGCUCCUGCUGUGGAGGAGAAUGUCGAGGAGCCUACCCCCGUCGAGGCCGCCGUUGUCGAACAACCCAUUGCCGAAGAGACCGCCCCGGAGACUGUGAAUGAGUCGACUGAAACUCCCGCUGCUGAGGAGAAGGUUGAAGAGCCUACGACUACCGAGUCAGCUGCUCAAGAGCCUACUGCUGAGGCACCUACACCUACGGAAACCGCUGAGGAAAAGGCCCCUGAACCUACCCAGGAGACAAUUGAAACUCCCAUCGUGGAACAGGCGGCUGAGACGGAGAAGGUAGAGGAAUCUACUACCACCGAAACCGCUGCCGUAGAGGAGCCCGCAGUCCAGGAGCCAGUCGCUGAGGUCGUCCCCGAAGCCGCUGAGGAAUCAACUGAAGUUCCCGCUGCUGAUGAGAAGGUGGAGGAGGCUCCUGUCGCCGAGGCCGCUGCUGUUGAGCAACCUGUGGUUGAAGAACCCGUCGUCGAGCAGGCUGCCCCCGUCGAGGAGGCCAAGGAAGAAUCCAAGGUCGAAGAACCAGUUGUUGUGCCUUCAGCUACUGAGCCUGCCACUACGGAAGAGUCUACCAAGACCGAAGAAACUCCCGCUCCCGAGGCCGAGACCAUCGAGCCCACAGCUACUGAAGAAGCCACCGUCGCUGAGUCUGUCGAGACCGCCAUUCCCGAGGAGGCUACCGAGGCAUCCAAGAGCGAGGAAGUCCCCGUUGAGGAAGCUAAGGUUGAGGAGCCCGUCCAGGAAGAAUCUAAGGUCGAACCAGAGACCGAGGAAUCUGCUAAGGACGUCGCCGUUGACGAAGCCCCUGAGGAGCCUGCCGAGGAGGUCGUCCCCGCUGCUCCCGUCGAGCCUGCCGUUGAAGCCACCACUGUCGACGAGACUCCCGCUGAGGAGCAUGCUCAGGAGAUUGUCGCUGAAGUUCCCGUCGAGGCUCCCGUCGAGGCUCCCGUCGAGACUGCUGAGAAGGCGGUCGAGGAGCCGGUGAAGGAGACUGUGCCUGAGCCCGCUGAGGAGAAGGUGGCCGAAGCUGAGAUUGCUGCUGCCGAACCCGUUGCUGCUGAGGAGACCCCUGUUCAGGAGCCCGAGGCCCCCGUUGUCGAGGAGCAGAAGGUUGAGGAACCUUUCGCUGAGGCUGAACCUGUUGUCGAGACUCCCGCUGUCACUGAGGUUCCUGCUAGCGAGUCUGUCGUCGUGGAUUCUACCCCCGCCGACGAGGCUAGCAAGGUUGCCGAGGAGCCUGUCGCUGAGAUUGAGACUGCCGAAUCGGCCGAGCAAGCCUCACCUGCUCCCGUUGAACUAGCCGAGAAGGCUGCUGAGCCUGUCGCUGAGCCCGUCGCUGAGCCCGUCGCUGAGCCCGUUGCCGAGCCCGUCGCUGAGCCCGUCGCUGAGCCCGUCGCUGAGCCCGUUGCCGAGCCCGUCGCUGAGCCCGUCGCUGAGCCCGUCGCUGAGCCCGUCGCUGAGCCCGUUGCCGAGCCCGUCGCUGAGCCCGUCGCUGAGCCCGUUGCCGAGCCCGUCGCUGAGCCCGUCGCUGAGCCCGUCGCUGAGCCCGUCGCUGAGCCCGUCGCUGAGCCCGUCGCUGAGCCCGUCGCUGAGCCCGUCGCUGAGCCCGUCGCUGAGCCCGUCGCUGAGCCCGUCGCUGAGCCUGUCGCUGAGCCCGUCGCUGAGCCUACUGUCGAGGACAAGGUUUCCGAGCCCGUCGAAGCGAACGCUAUUGAGCCCGCCGUCGAGGAGCAGGCUGCUGAGGCCGUCGCUGAGGAGAAGGCUGUUGAGCCCGUCGCCGAGGAGCAGGCUGCCGAGGCCGUCGCUGAGGAGCCUGUGGCUGCGGCCGUCGAGGAGUCGGUUUCUGAGCCUAUCCAAGAGAAGGAAGUUAACGCCGAAGCUGUUGCUCCUGCUGUUGAAGAACCUAUCGCUGAGCAGAGUCCUGUCGUUGUUGAAGAGGCGACUCCUACACCCGCUACUACCGAGGAAUCUGCCCCUGUUGUAGCCACUGAGGAGCCCGUUGUUGUUGCGGAGGAGUCUAUUACCACUGGGGAGCCUACUACUGAGGAAGUUCCAGCUGCUGAGUCCACCACCGAGGCUGCUCCUGUUGAUGCCGCAGUGGCGGAGGAUGUCACUACUCGCGAACUGGCAGAGCCGGUUGCCGAGUCUGAGGCUCCUAUCACCACUGAGGCUGUUGAGACUGUUGCCGAGCCUGCCGUAGAGGCACCCGUUCCCGUUUCUGAGGAGUCUGCCCCUGCUGAGCCUGCUCAGACUGAGGAGCCUUCCCAGGUUGAGGAGACCCCAGUUGUCAAAGAAGAGGCUCCCGUUGCCGAGGAGACUGCGAAGGAACUCGAGCCUGAGAACAAGCAGGACGAGGCUUCUGAGCAGCCUGCCGUAACCGAGGAGGUUCCCUCUACUCCUGUUCAGACUGAGGACCCAGCGGCCGAGACCCCUGCUCCUCAAGAAGAGAAGCCCGAGGAAGCUGCUAAGGACAGCAUUUUGACCCCCGAAAUUCUCGGCGCUGGUGCGGCUGUUGCUGCCAUCGGUGUCGCUGCAGUCGGUGUGUCGUCUGUUCUGCACAAGGAACCCGCGGCUAAGUCUACUGAAUCGACUGUCACCGCCACCAACGAAGCUCCUUCCGACGACAAGACCGAUAGCAAGCCCCCCGCGGAACAACCGACCGAAGACAGUAAGCCGACGCCAUUCUCUACCUCGCACAAUGUGUCCGUGCCGUCCUUCGAAGCUGAUCCGGUUCUUACAGCCCUCGCAGGCGAUCGCGAAGCCCUGCUCCGCAAACUCAACCAGCCAUCCACGGAUCAGUUGACCACUGCCACUGCUGAGCAAAUCACCACCACCAAUGCCGACAAGCAGGCUCGUGUCGAGAACGAAGCCCAGCCCACCGCUGAGUCUAGCCAGAAGGCUGUUGACCUCACUCCCGAGACUGCUGCGACUAGCAAUGCCAAUGAGGAAGAUGCUCGUCCCGUGAGCCAGAACCGGUCAGUGACAGCUGUUUCUCUGAAUAGUGCGUCGGACAACUGGCUCAAGGCGUUCCUUCGCACUGUCUUUGUCGGCUUCUUUGGCACUAUCUUCUCCCCCUUCCGCCGCCGUGGCAAGUCUGCCAAAUAA